CUUAGCUAUAGGUAUCAAUCCAGUUAAUGUUGAAGAGGUUAAUUUGCACUAUAUAAGACAUUUUAAAAAAAAUUUUAUUUUUGUAAUCAUUAAUGUAAACUGUAAUGUGUGACAUUAUUUAUAGCCUAGAUUUCAGGUUGGAAUAAUCAAAUAACUUCAGAAUACAGCAUAUAUAUAAAGUUAAUUCUUUUGAAAGUUAAAUUCAUAACAAAAUGUAGAAAUGAAGUUUUAUAUUAAAUAAAUAUAAAAUUUGUAAUUUUAAAAUUGUAGUUUAUUUUAAUUUAAUUUAAUAUUAAGUAUUAUGUACAAAUUUUCGUUUCAGAUGAAUUAACCAAUCCAACACCAAUUGAUGACCAUUUGGUUGUAUUUGUGACAAAAUGGAUUGAUUAUUCUAAUAAAUAUGGGUUUGGUUUUCAGUUGUCAGAUUACAGUAUUGGUGUACUUUUUAAUGACACUAGUAAAAUCAGUUUGUCAUCAGAUCGUACGCAUAUUGAAUAUCAUGACUUAAAUGGAAAACUUAGUAUUUUUACUAUUACUAAUAUACCUUCAAGCUUGCUUGAAAAAUAUACUUUAUUAAAAUAUUUUGCUCAGUAUAUGGAUGAAAAUCUUACUGAGGGUGGAGAACCUCACAUGAUUGAAUAUUCUCCACAAAAAGGUAAAAGUCACAUUCCUCACAUGAAACGAUGGGUGCGGACAUCUCAUGCCAUUCUUAUGCAGCUAAGUACCGGUACAGUGCAGAUAAACUUUUUUAAAGAUCAUACCAAAAUAGUGAUUAGUAUUGAUCAAAGGAAAGGAAUUGUAACAUAUAUAAGCGAAGAACGUUUAUCUACUAGCUAUCUGUUAUCCGACAUUGCACAGCAAGGGUGUGAACCUUGUAUAAGAACAAGACUUCAGUACGCACUGUCUGUUCUUCAGCAAUUUGCUGAAACAAAAGAUUUUUAAUCAUUAUCACUUUUAUUUAUAAAGAGAAAAAAAAUGGUGUCCUUGUAUUGUGAUAUAUACAUAUAUUUUUGAGAUGUUUUAUGUAAUGCAAGCUGUAUAGGAAAUAUUUUGUGCAAAUGCUAUUUUUGUCUUUCAGAUGUUUAUUUUUGAGACAAUAUUUUGUUUCAUUCAUUCCAGUAAGUGUGCCAUUUUUUUUGUUUUUUUUUAAUUACUGUAGUAUGAUAUUAACUCUCAAAAAUCUUAAAUUUUAAAAAAUUCAUACAUUAAUGUAAAAUG